AUGCUCCCAUGCCCUAUGGAUACAAUUAUAUUGCCAAAAGGAUUGGCUAAUAUUGGCCCUGGUUUAGGUACAAAAGGAAAACCAUUAAGAGACAUAGUAGAUCAAUAUAAAAACUUUCUGAAACACAAAGACUCCAUGGUAGAUACUUCAAUUUUUCUACAUUCUGACAGCAAAGAUUGGAAUUUUGAGAGUAAUGAUUUUAAAAAGUCAAUGUCAAACAUUUCUGAAAAUAGUUUUAAUGUUGAUUCUUUAAAAGUAAACAAGGCAGGGGAUGUAUCUUUUAAGCGAGCUGUAUCAUUUAAAACAAAGAAUGUUGAAGAUACUGAUGAUAUGCAUGAAUCUCCACCGCCAAGUAAAAAAUCGAAAUUUGAGCCAGAAAAUAAUAGUAGAGAAUAUCAGAGUAUUAAAUCACAUGAAAGAACUGACAAACCGUCAUGGAAAUCAAGCGAAAAGGAUACUUCUAGAAAUAAAAUCAUGCAGUCUUCUCGCAAUUUUCAGAAUCUCACAGUCAUUUCACAGAGUUCCACAGGUCCUGCAAGACUUAAGCCAGAAUCUCAAAGUCUUAACACAAAUCCUCCUAAAAAUUUGAAUAUUUCUAAGCCGCCUGGUACUAAUGAUGCUCCAGGAGUUAAUAUGGGUUCUUCUGUCAUUCCAAGAAUGACAUUUGGUGCGGUUCUCCCGAGAAUGCCUUUAAAUCUUUCUGGACCACAGGGUUCUAAUAUGGGGCCUUGUAUCGGCACUCCUGGUGUUAACAUGGGUCCUUCUUGCCCACCAGGGGUUAAUAUGGGACCAUCUGGUCCGCCUGCAAUGAUGAAUGCUCCUAUGGGAAUUAUGAAUUCUGGACCAGUCGAGGUCAAUAUGGGUUCAAUUAGGAUGAACAUGGGUCCAGGUCCUGCACCAGGUGUACAUAUGAACACUGGGCCCGGUGGUUAUGGUCCCCCCAAUCUUCCUCCCAAUUCUUUGCGGAUGAAUGCUCCUCCGCAGGAUUCAUUCGAAUUGCAAUUUCGUAAUUUGCCACCUUCGACGACGUUCCCACUUCUAUGUGAGAAGAUAUCCCUUUGUGGGCAAGUUCUAUCACUCCAACUUACCACGCCAGGGCCCUUAGACGAUUUGGCCAGUCAUCAAUGGCGGCAUGAUUCUUUUCUAGCUGAAUUGGCUUUGCUUCUCGAACAAGGGUUCGCUUCAGUGACUCCAAGUUGGGGUGGGACUCUCAGUAGGUCCUGA